GUCACCUGACUGAUUAGAAAUGGGCCAGGUUCAAGGUCAGGAGUUUAAAAAUUGAUUCCAAGCCUCCGAUCGACCUCUUCUCAAGAUUAAGUUUCCAGAGAGCACCAGGCUAUCUUAACCAGCCGCAAAAUGAAAGAUGAAGAGAAGGCACCCAAGGAACAGAAAAGCUCAAAGCCAAGUAUUUUCGGAUAUCCCAUCAGCAUCUGUUUCAUUGUGGUCAAUGAAUUCUGCGAAAGAUUCUCCUACUAUGGCAUGCGAGCGGUGCUUGUGUUAUACUUCCGCUAUUUUCUUCGCUGGGAUGAGGAUCUCGCUACAGCAGUUUACCAUGGCUUUGUUGCUUUGUGCUUCCUAGCACCUAUCCUUGGAGCAAUCAUUGCUGACUCUUGGCUGGGAAAAUUCAAGACUAUCAUCUAUCUGUCUAUUGUGUACACCUUUGGACAAGCGGUUAUGUCAGUCAGUAGUAUUGCAGACAUAUCUGAUAGUACUGGAGACGGUCACCCAGAUAACCUAAGUUUGCAUGUAGGUCUAUCGAUGCUCGGAUUGCUGCUUAUUGCUCUGGGAACUGGUGGCAUCAAACCCUGUGUGUCUGCAUUUGGAGGAGACCAGUUUGAGGACCAUCAGGAAAAGCAAAGGAGCAAGUUCUUCUCAAUUUUCUAUUUAUCAAUCAAUGCAGGAAGUCUAAUUUCCACAGUUAUUACUCCCAUCCUGAGAGAACAAAAAUGUGGCCAUGUUCCCCAGGCAUGUUAUCCUCUGGCCUUCGGGAUCCCAGGGGCGCUGAUGGCAGUAGCUUUAGUUGUAUUUAUUGGAGGAAGUCCCUUGUACAAGAAGUCUUCUCCGCAGGGGAAUAUCGUGCUUAAAGUUGUCAAGUGCAUUGCAUUUGCAAUCAAAAACAGAUUCAGGCACCGAAGUAAACAGUACCCCAGACGACAGCACUUUAUGGACUGGGCUUCAGAGAAAUAUGAUGAACACUUGAUUGUUCAGAUCAAGAUGGUGCUGAAAGUUCUCUUCCUGUAUCUUCCUCUUCCCAUGUUCUGGGCUUUGUUUGACCAGCAGGGUUCGAGAUGGACUUUGCAAGCUAUUACAAUGAAUGGAAAUUUUGGAGGCAUUGAUAUCCAGCCUGAUCAGAUGCAGACGGUCAACCCAAUUCUGAUUCUGAUUUUGGUCCCAGUUGUUGAAACAAUUGUUUACCCCUUGAUUGCUAAGUGCAAAUUAAACUUUACACCCCUGCGGAGGAUGACGGUUGGGAUGUUCCUUGCGGCUCUGGCCUUUGUUGCUGCUGCUCUGGUGCAGAUCCAAAUCGAUCAAACUCUUCCUAAUUUUCCCGUUGGUGAGCAGAGCCAAAUUAGGAUUAUAAACGUCGGUACAACAGGAGUCAAUGUAUCCCUGGAUGGACUUUCCAAGUCUUUUCUUGUGCAGCCAUCAGAGGCAACUGACUACAUCACUGUCCCAGCAUCUGGUGUGAAGAAUAUUACUGCUUAUGUUGGCAAACAGAGCAAAAUCAUUCCAACUAACCUUACCAAAGAAACUCGCAACACACUCCUGGUAAUGAACACUUCAAAGGAUGGCUAUGAAUGGUUGGAUGAUAUUAACAGCAAACCAGAAGAAGGAAAAAAUGCCAUCAGAUUUGUCACCACAUUGUCCAGUGUUGAAAACAUCGCAGUGAAUGGUGUCAAUAUUGGAAAUCUGACCAGACUAACUGCCUCUAACUAUACACUCUUCACCAAAGGAACGAAAAAAAUCACGUUUAACAACAAUGGAAUAGAAUGCAAACAGCUAUCAAAAGAUUUUGGUUAUGGGAGCUCAUUCACAAUCAUCAUUAAUGAAACGUGUUCCUCGAACAAGGAUUUUACACUAAAUUACAUCGAAGACAUUAAAUCAAACAGUGUUCACAUGGCGUUGCAAAUUCCUCAAUACCUUCUCAUUACAACUGGAGAGGUGGUCUUCUCUGUCACUGGUCUGGAGUUCUCCUACUCCCAGGCACCUCCCAACAUGAAGUCAGUGCUCCAGGCUGGCUGGCUCCUGACCAACGCGUUCGGUAACAUUAUUGUGCUGAUAGUAGCAGAGGCUUCGACUAUUCAGGAACAGUGGGCUGAGUAUAUUUUGUUUGCUGCUCUCUUGAUGACCGUUUGUGUGAUAUUCGGCAUCAUGGCCAAGUUCUACACUUACGUGGACCCAAUGGAAGUGGAGGCUGAAUUUGAGGAAAAGGAACGAUGCAAAAGGAAAGAAGAUGAGGGAUCAAUCAGCGCCAUGAAUACAUUUAAUCCAACAGCUCAGUCAGAAUUCUAAAUGUGGCAAACAGGAACAUUUCUGUUCAAUUUAACCAAUCUGCACGGACUAGACCCAUGGCUUGGACUUGCAGUCUACUUGCCUCAGUAAGAGAUUCAAAUGUGAUUUUGGUUCCUUAGAAGUCCCUACAAUGAAUAUUUUCUUCAUAGUCUAUACUAGCCAGAGCUUCAGUAUUAUUCCCCAAAGCUGGGAAAGGCCCAAGUAAACACAUUUGAAACUGAAAUGUUCAUCAUUUUCAUAAUACAUCUCCUCAUAACUUGAUGCUCAGAUCUGCCCACUGGUGUCCACUGUAUGUCUGAUAUGCUUAUAAUUCUGAUAUUUUUUACUGAGAUAUUGCAAUACUUCAAGGACGUAUUUGUUCUUGUUAAUUCUGUACAUUAGUGCAAAUUCAGUCAAAGCAAUAAGAAAUUGAAAGCCCUUCCACUCUGCAUCUUAAAGGUGCUUCAACACACUGGAUCUGACCUUUAUGUGGAUCCUGCUGGUGUCUAACAGUGCUCACCAAGGUAACUCAGUUCAUGUGCCAUGAUCAGGAGACUCUCUCCAAAAUAGUCUGACUGCUUCAAGGAGGAUUGUGUAGGGAAUGUGCUUAAAGUGAAAUGCAUGUUGAAGAAGGUAUAAAAGCGGAUAUUAAAGGUG